AUGCGCCUUGUACUUCGUAGUCGCCCGUCGUCUGGAGGUCGGCGCCAAUUUUGGACCAAUGACACGCCGGGGAGUUCCAAUUUGGUCACUCCUGCCGUGCAGCCUCGGUACGUACCUGGCCUGUUGGAUUUAGUUCAUUUCAAUCUUUUUGCCUCUUGCCCUCUUCACCACUGCUGGUUCGGGUUCAUGGUUCAUGGUCUCAUGGAUCUGCCCAAUGUGUAUCCCAGAUCCGUUUGCCUACAUAUAUGUCUGUUGCAAUUGCUUGCCUCAGUCAGAGUUGUAGUCACGAAAUGUUCCGUCAUUUCUCGCCACUGUUUGGAGUUCUUGUCCCUGAUUAAGCUGCUGCCGGCGUUGCAAUGCGCCGUCGCAGUGGCGGCGGGAUUCCGUCUUCCAUUGAUGGGUGCUUAUUUCCGGCUCACUGUCAGUCUAGUGAUUGUUUCUGUGCCUCAAGGCUCAGCGAAAUACCUCUCUGCACUUCCUCCUCCUCCGGUUGCCUGGCUUCUCAGUGACAUGCAGUGGCAUGUCUACACAUCACACGCACGCACUUACACACAAACGGUUACAGCGAUCAUGCACACUAGUACCAACACGCAGACACGGGCUCUCAAGCCAUCUCUCAACGCCGCCAGGACUGGGCGCAAAGUUGCGGUGCGCAACGCCCAAUCACCACUAUUGUUUCCUUUUAGCAACCCCGAGUGCCAGCGCGAACUCCCGAGCCCCUUGUCUCGCUGUGAUACCGAAGAAAAGAGUCUGAACUCUGUAACCGAACAGCCGCCGUCGUCCUGUCCUGCCCUCGGCGGCGGCCUCGUCUCUGGGCUGUCAGAUCUCGCCCUGGAGGGCUGGCUCAUCUCUGGAGGCGAGAGCCUCCUGGCGUCCUGUGCUUUUUUUUUCUUGCUUGCCUUUCCCUGCCUUGCUCCCCCUCCACCCUUGCAACGAAAUACCGAGACUCUGGUGCUGCUUGUGCCCUGUGUCAGCAUUUCCAGUCCACAUAACACAUUCCUCACGAGAACCCAAAAUACCCUCCACUCAAAUUUGUGUAGGCAAAUUCCGAUCGACUCUCGGCCGGGAUCGUGGGUUUCCGUGGCCAAUCUGUUGAACCAGGCCAAUAUCCUUACCGACAACUGGAACAUGAUGUUUCUGAACCAUACUUCGUACGUCUUCGGUUACUACCCACGGAGUACCGACGGCUUGCGCGACAUGCCACUGCCACAGCCUGCUUUGAACCACCAUCUUUUCGAGCAAGAAAAGCCGCCGCCGCCCUUUGUGGUGCCCGCGGCUCCGGCCUUAGCCGCCAAAACAUGCUCGGGAUACACGCUGUCCUUUCGCUGUCUUUGCCCUUCUGAACACGCCGUAACUGAACACAGCCUUCUUUGUGGCUCCUUCCCUCGGCGGCAACGAAACGCUGCGGGCGCCUGUAGUGUGUCCUCCUCCUCCCCCUCGAGUCCAUUAUCUCUCUCUCUAUUUGCACUCAUCAGCUCGAGUUUGUCCCUCGGUCUCGCCGCCGGACCCCCAAUUGCGGUAUUCAGUUGCGCGCGGCCAGACAAGCAAGGCAGGAUGGAGACCUUUAUUUCAUUUGUCGGAAACAGAAUUUGCAACUUCUCCAUAGAGUCCAUUCUCUCUCCUAAAUCAAGGGACCUUUUGGACGAACGAAAAUGGAGGUAUCCGACUUUGGGGCUCAGCGCAGGCUUUUAUCUGUCGGCGGCUGACCGAGCAGAGGGGAGACGCGUCGUAGCCAGUCCCGAUAACGGCUCGCUACAUCUUUCUCGAGUAGAGAGGACUCGACAUCACGAGUCACAUGGAAAAGAUACUCUCUUUUCCGGUGGGCUGAUUCGGCUAGGGAAUUCGAUCGACUCUGGCCUCGUGGCAAUACUAGGAACCAGAGACAAGAUUGACAAGCCACACCUAAAGGCAACAUUCCAGAGUCUCCCAGGGCGGCAGGCCUACCAGAGAGAAAGAGAAACCGAAGGGGGGCACUCAGGGGCAGACGGGGGUGAGGGCGAAAAUCCCGUUCUUGACAACCAGAGACAUCCCUCCUCCAGUCUUGCCAGCCAGAUCCCUGCGCGUCCUCGUAUGGGAGAUGCCGAGGCAGGGCAGAGCCAUCGUGGCUCCUCCAUGGAUGAUACCUCUACCUGA